GCCUGGCGUUACUUUUGGUGUUUCCUCGGGCAAUUAUGUUCAUGUUCGUGCGUCCAAAUGUUACCAGAUGUGCGAUUUUUCGUUGCGUAGCUCUGGCCAAUCGUAGAACACUGACACACAGACAUUCGAUUUUUGCGAAUAGCAAGACUGUCACUCCUACCUUGGUUGGCAGAUCAUUCUCUGUAGCGAAUCCUUCUUUAUCAGUCGAUGAAGUGGAACAUGUCCGGGGACCAGCAACCAAGAAGAAGUUCCAGGCAGAGACUCAAAAGUUGUUGGAUAUAGUUGCGAAAUCGCUUUACUCCGAGAAGGAGGUGUUCAUCCGUGAACUUAUUUCCAACGCGAGUGAUGCGAUUGAACGCCUUCGUUUUCAACGCACUACUGCUGAGUCAACUUCGGACGACAGCCCAAUGGAAAUUCACGUGAAGACCGAUGAAAGGAAACACCUGCUGGUCAUCCAAGAUACGGGAGUUGGCAUGUCCAGGGAGGAAAUGGAGCUCAAUCUCGGCACGAUUGCUCGCUCGGGGAGCCGUGAAUUCCUUUCCAGCUUGGAGAAACAGAAUCAGGGAGCCAGCAAUACCGAUAUUAUUGGUCAAUUCGGUGUGGGAUUUUAUGCCACCUUUAUGGUUGCUGAUAAGGUGGAGGUAUACUCACGUCCCAAUUCACAGGAUGGUCAAGAGACGGUUGGUCAUCGUUGGUCGUCUACCGGCCACGAUGGUGAAUUUGAACUUCAUGAAGCUGAGAAUGUCAGCCCGGGGACUAAAAUCAUCAUGCAUCUGAAGGAUUCUGCCUUGGAAUUCUCGCGCGAAGACGUUGUAGAGGGGAUAUUGAAGAAGUAUAGUAACUUCGUUGGUGCACCAAUCUAUCUGAAUGGUCGGCGCGUGAAUGCAAUCGAACCAAUAUGGCUGAAAGAUCCGUCACAGGUUACCGAGGAAGAACAUAACUCGUUCUAUCAGUAUUUGUCCGGGAAUACCUACGAUUCUCCGCGAUACACGUUGAUGUAUAAAACCGAUGCGCCAAUCAAUUUGCGCGUAUUGUUAUACGUUCCAAACUGGAAACCAAGCAUAUUCGAUGUGGCCCGUGAAUCAGACAAUGGUGUCGCUUUGUAUUCUCGCAAGGUACUCAUCAUGAACCGCACCGCUACUUUACUUCCCAAGUGGCUCCGAUUCUUCAAGGGAGUGGUUGACAGCGAAGAUGUACCGUUGAAUUUGAGCAGAGAACUGCUGCAAGAUAGCGCUUUGAUAAACAGAAUAAAGCGUCUCCUAACCGCACGCGUCCUACGGUUUUUCUCGCAACAGUCUUCGCGAGAGCCUGAGAAAUUCGAACGGUUCCUCAAAGAUUUUGGCCUGUAUUUGAAAGAGGGAUUGAUUACGGAGCCGGAGCAGGAAGUUCGUGAGCAAAUAGCCAAGCUUUUACGCUGGGAGACCAGUGCACUUCCCCCCGGGAAGACGACCAGCCUGGAGGAAUACGCCGGACGUAUGGUUGCUGGUGAACGCACGAUUUACUUCUUAUCCGCACCAAGUCGACAGCUAGCGGAGACGUCGCCUUAUCUGGAGGCCAUUCGCAAGAAAUCGCCGCAGAUUGAGGUUUUAUUCCUUUACGAGCCCUACGAUGAACUGGUACUUAUGCAACUGGGGCAGUAUGACAGGAAAAGCCUGCGGUCGAUUGAAACGACCAUAGCUGAGGAUUCCGCAGAUACUGAUUCCGUUGGACCCGAGCGGCCGAAUUGUCUCACGCAGGACGAGGCUUCGCGACUGGUUUCGUGGGCGAAAGGCGUAUUGGGGCUGAAGGUGAAAAAUGUUAAGGUGACACAACGACUGGUCAACCACCCAUGCUUUGUGUCCGUCCGAGAAGCCGGUGCCAUGCGUCACUUUCUCAGAACCACGUUGGCCGAUCGACCGGCAGAGGAGCGUUUUCAUGUCAUGGAACCAAUCUUGGAACUCAACCCCGAACACGAUCUAGUGCGCUAUUUAUCUCAGCUGCUUUCCAACCCCUCUGACGAAGACUUAGCGAAAACGUUGUUGGAACACCUGUUUGACUGCGCCAUCGCCCAGGCUGGCCUACUGGAUGACGUUCGUGGCUUAGCCGGUCGAAUGAAUGACUUAGUGACCAAACUUAUUCACAAGAGUACUGUAUCCCCAUCACCCUAGAUAGUCAUCUCAUUGCCUACCUGGUGUUGUAUCAUAGCGCGCUUGCCUUUUGAACCAUUUCUAAUUUUCGCGUAACACUGAAACCUCGGUUUGAACACACCGGUUCUUCUAUUCCCCCAUCAGAGACUCUUUCUAGGAAGCCUUUCAUUGAACUGUUUUCAUCAAGUAACAUAGUAUUCACCUUUGACGGUGUAGUUAUUGGCGGACAAAGUUUGAUAAAAUUUUGCAGCGUUCAUUGAGGAGAAAGCAAC